GGCGUGGAGUGUACAGCAAAGAUGGCGUUUCUGAUCCCUUGUUUGAUAGUAGCAACUCUGCUGCCUGUCUUCGGCUACGGUGAAACUUGCUCGAGUCCACAAGCAACUUUCAGUACUUACUCUACCACUGAAAUUCUUAUGGCGUCUGAGACGGUUUUCAUUGCUGAGUUUGAACUGACAUGUGGUGGUCAACCAGGCAAGGGUCUCUAUCUCCAUGCUGAGAUCAGUGGGCUUCACGUCCCUGUAACAAGUACUCCAGACACAAACAAGUAUCAAGUCAGUUGGCACAUGAAACAUUCCGUUGCCAAAGCCGGAGUAUACACGGUAAAUAUCUACGAUGAGGAAGGCUACGCUGCUUUGAGAAAGGCUCAACGGAGUGGGGAAGCAACAGACUCAGUAAAGCCAAUGAUAUCCACUGCAAUCAAGCAUAAGGGAGCGAGUCGACCGGGCUUUAUUGUUCAGACAGAGUUUGUAGCCGUCUUAACUGCCUUCCUUGUCUGGUGGUACGCCAACAGUGUUAAGGGACGAAUUAGCGAGUAGACAGUGUACGGCGUAUUGGCCUAGCAGAAGCACCAGUACAAUUGUAUUACGAUAGAAUCA